UCUCGCCGUGAUUGCAAUUUUCGUUGUGAGCUUCUACGCAGUAGCCGCGCCCGGUGAUGCUCGCAGACUCGUCACGCUUCUCACAUCAGCUCCAUCCGCGCUCGGCGUGAGCUAACCCGAGGCCAUCUGGACCGGCCCAAGAAGCACAUUCACCUCAGAGAGAAUUGGGACGAGAUGGCAGAAACAAUGGACGAAAAGGAAAGGGAGCCCGAGUUCGGGCGAGCCAAACCCGAUAACUCGGACAUGGAAACCGCCCGCGAGGGCGAAAGCCAGAGCCAGCCGGACCAGCAGCUCAAGGAUGUCGAGAAAGUCAGCUCCGAGACGGGCUUCGAGCCGAUCCGGCCGGGCGCAGACCAGCGCCGCCUGAGCAUCGACACCAUCUCGACGCUGCGGCGCGAGCGCUCCAACAACGGCUGGGGCUGCGACGACAUUGAGACCGACGCCAACGGCGGCACCAUCGCGCCAUACAACCACCCAGGGCCGGAGGACCACGACCCAUUCGAGGUCGGCUGGGACGGCGGUGACAGUGACCCGCUCUGCCCGCGCAGCUUCUCGAUCUGGCGCAAGUGGCUCAUCGUCGCCAUCACGAGCAUCGGCUCUUUCUGUGUAACCAACGCCUCGGCCUCGUACACGGCCACGUACGGGCAGAUGAACGCCGAGUUCGAGACGACGCGGCUGGUGGCCACGCUGGGGCUGUCGACCUUCGUGCUGGGCAUCGCGCUGGGGCCCUUCUGGUCGCCGCUGGCCGAGUUCUACGGCCGCCGGCCCAUCUACCUGUGCUCCUUCGCCGGCUUCAUCGUCUGGCUGAUCCCCACCGCCGUCGCCCAGAACAUCCAGACCGUCAUCGUCGCCCGCUUCUUCCAGGGCCUCGCCGGCAGCGCCUUCCUCUCCGUCUCCGGCGGCACCGUCGGCGACCUGUUCACCCGCGAGACCAUGCUCGCGCCCAUGGCCGUCUUCGCCCUCGCCCCGUUCGUCGGGCCAUCGACCGGCCCCGUCGUCGGCGGCUUGAUCAACAUGUACACCAACUGGCGCUGGACGCAUUAUGUGCUGCUGAUAUGGGCCGGCGUGCUGUUGUUGAGCAUUGCGCUGUUCGUGCCGGAGACUUAUCAUCCCGUGCUGCUGAAGAAGAAAGCACAGCAGAUCCGAAAAGCAACCGGCGACGACAGGUGGCGGGCCCCGAUAGAAAAGACCACCAGGUCCAUUUCCAAAACGGUGGCCUACUCGCUGCUGCGGCCCUUCCAGAUCCUCUUCUUCGAGCCCAUGGCCCUCAUCCUCAACGUCUACACCGCCGUCCUCCUGGGCCUGCUGUACCUGUUCUUCGGCGCCUUCCCGCUGAUCUUCAGCACCAACCACGGCUUCAACCUCUGGCAGGUCGGCCUGACCUUCAUGGGUCUGCUCGUCGCCAUGGUGCUCGCCUGCCUCAGCACGCCCUUCUGGACCAAGUACCGGCACAGCCUGGUGGAGAAGCGGCGCAAGGAGACCGGGGUGCUCAAGGACGAGCCCGAGGACCAGCUCCCGCCCGUCAUCUUCGGCGCCCCGCUGAUCACGGGCGGCCUGUUUUGGUUCGGCUUCACCACGUAUCCUGAGGUGCAUUGGAUCGUGCCCAUCAUUGGCUCUGGCGUGUUCGGUCUUGGGAUGUCGCUCGCUUUUACCGGAGUCUUCACAUUUCUGGUCGACGCAUACCCGCGGUACGCAGCGAGCGCGCUGGCAUCCAAUGCCCUUGUGAGGUGCACUUUCGCAGCCGCCUUCCCGCUGUUCGGCAUUCAGAUGUACGAGCGCCUUGGCUUUCAGUGGGCCACGGCACUGUUGGCCUUCGUGACGCUCGCCCUGCUGCCGUUCCCCUACAUCUUCUUCCGUUUCGGCAAGAGGAUACGGGCCAAGAGCAGGUUCGCGACCGCCACCUAGGAGCGUGGGGGGCACAUCGAUGUGGAGACGUGGUUACGCCCGUCUCAGACCUGCCCAAUGAUCGAAGUGGGCGUGUUCCAGGCUGCUGCGAGCUCGGCUGUGGACUGCGCGUGGACUGCCGUGAGCGCAUCGGCAUCGGUAGCUGGGGAAUCCGCGGCAGGCACUUGGUGGCGUCAGCCUGCGGCCGGGCGUCAAUGGGAUGAUCCA